AUGGCACGAUCUGACUUUCUCAUUACCGAGGAAUACCACUUGUCAUACGAGGCUUUAAAGUCUGCCGAUAGUACACUCGGAUACAUCGUCGAUCAUGGCGUUAAAAACGCAAAACAAUUGAUUGGGGAGGCUCUGAAGAGCCGUGUUGAUGCCAUUGACCAAGACACAUGCGGGGUUGGCGAUGAAGAUGCCUUCUUCGUAGUCGAUCUGGGCGAGGUCUACCGCCAGCAUCUCCGCUGGAAGAAGCAUUUGAUGCGUGUCACGCCGCAUUAUGCGGUCAAAUGCAACCCCGACCCUCAGGUCCUUCGUCUUCUGUCCGAGCUCGGGACCGGAUUUGACUGCGCUUCCAAAGCCGAGAUCGAGCAGGUCCUGAAGAUGGGCGUGGAUCCCUCCCGUAUCAUCUACGCUCAGCCGUGCAAGACCAAGUCAUAUGUUCGUUAUGCAGCGCAGAAUGGCGUCAAGCAGAUGACGUUCGAUAAUGCCGACGAGCUGUACAAGACGAAGCAGCUCUUUCCGGAUGCUGAGCUGUACUUGCGGAUCCUGACCGAUGACUCUGCGAGUCUAUGCCGUCUCAGUCAGAAAUUCGGUGCUGCCCUGGAGUCUACCGUGGAGCUUUUGGAACUUGCCAAGAAAUUAGAACUCAAUGUCGUCGGCGUCGCUUUCCACGUGGGUUCUGGUGCUUCUGAUCCUAAGGCGUUCCUCAAGGCCGUUCAAGAUGCCCGUUUCGUCUUCGACCAAGCCGCUGCUCUUGGUUUUAACAUGCAUACCUUGGACGUUGGUGGUGGAUUCUGUGGCGAAACAUUCGAGGCCAUGGCUGCCGUUCUCUCUAGCGCGCUUGAUCUAUACUUCCCACCCCACGUCCGCGUCAUUGGUGAGCCUGGCCGAUAUUACGUCUCUACCGCAUUCACCAUUGCAUGCCAUGUUAUCGCUCGUCGUACUGUAGCUGAUGCUACUCUGGGCACAACUUCCUACAUGCUUUAUCUAAACGACGGAGUCUAUGGAAACUUCUCUAGCAUCAUUUUCGAUCACCAGAACCCCAUUCCACGCAUCCUGAAGGCCGGCGCUAGAUUUUCGUACGAUGUUAGACGCUCUGGGUACGACACUCCGUCUAUGACAGAGUAUUCCAUCUGGGGUCCAACCUGCGAUGGUAUUGAUGUCAUCUCUUCCUCCUGUGCCUUCUCUGAGGUUGUUGACGUGGGUGAUUGGCUAUAUUUCGAGGAUAUGGGUGCGUACACCAAAUGCUCCGCUACCCGCUUCAACGGCUUUACCAAUAGUCAUGACGUCCUGUACGUCUGCAGCGAGCCUGGAGCCAGCGCGCUUUUAGGACUCUAG